AUGUCAAACUCCGAUACGCCUGUUGAGUCCGGGGGCAUGCGGCAAGACUCAACACAGCCUUCUUCGCCGGUGACGAACGCCGGGGAGUCGGCUCCCGAGAAGAUGGACGUGGAGGAGGAGAAUACGGAGGAGAUGGAUGCGCAGGCUAAGGCGCUGAUGCAUCUAUUGAGUACCAGUGAAGUUUUUGUGGCGAUCAUGGCGGAUAAGAUGAAGAAACAGCAGGAGGACGCGAAACUCGAAGCGGCGAGACAGCACGAGCAGAAGAGUGCGGAGGCGAUGACGAAGAAGAAGCCCACAGCUGAGCCGGCUGGGAGACGGGCGACGCGCACGAGUGCGAGGCAGAGCGCGGCGAAGGAACCUGUUGCUGAGGAGGAAGUGAAGACGGAGGAGCAAGGCGCUGCUGCGAAGUCGAAACGAGGUCGGGGCAGGAAAGUUGCUGCUCCGGCGGCUGCGAAGUCGAAUACCAUCUCCAGUUACUUUAAGAAGGCUGAUGUGCAGGUUCCCGAGGAUAAUCCCACCGUUCAGGAGGCGCUGGAGCAUGCUGCGGAUGAGUAUGAGGCCAAUCCAUCUGUUUUGGGCGGGCAGGAUCUGGUCGCUACCCAGCAGCCGGAAUUGAUCACCGGGGGUCAGAUGAAGAAGUACCAGCUGGAGGGAUUGGAGUGGUUGAAAUCGCUUUGGAUGAAUGGUUUGUGUGGCAUUUUGGCAGACGAGAUGGGUCUGGGGAAGACUGUGCAGGCUAUCUCCUUGCUUGCCUUCUUCAAGGAGAAGAAGAUUUCCGGGCCGUUUUUGAUUGCGGCGCCGCUUAGUACUGUGAGUAAUUGGGUGGAUGAGUUCGCUCGGUGGACGCCCAGCAUCAAGACGGUGCUGUACCAUGGAAGCAAGGAUGAGCGGGCGGAGAUUCGACGGAAGAUGAUGAAUUUGAAGAAUCAGCGGGACAUGGACUUCCCGGUGGUUUGUACUUCCUAUGAGAUAUGUAUGAACGAUCGGAAGUUCCUUGGGCAAUACCAGUGGCGAUAUAUCAUUGUGGACGAAGGACACCGCUUGAAGAAUAUGAACUGUCGACUAAUCAAAGAGCUCCUCACCUAUAACUCUGCAAACAGACUCCUUAUCACAGGCACGCCGUUGCAGAAUAACAUAACUGAGCUCUGGUCGCUGUUGCAUUUCCUGCUGCCCGAGAUCUUCAACGACCUUGAUAGCUUCCAGAGCUGGUUCGACUUCUCGUCCAUGUUGGACAGUAGCGACAAGACGAAUGUUAUCGAGCGCCGAAAGCGUACUCUGGUGUCCACAAUGCACUCCAUCCUGAAGCCGUUCCUGUUAAGACGUGUCAAGACCGACGUCGAGAUGUCGCUUCCUAAGAAGAGAGAAUACAUUCUCUACGCACCUCUGACAGCCGAGCAAAAGGAUCUCUACCGUGAGAUUCUCAACGGCACCGGCCGUCAAUACCUCGAAAUUAGGGCAAGAGAAAGAUUGAUGGCCAAGAACGAGCGCCUAACACGGUCCGGGAGUGUGAAACGCAGCAUUGAUAGCAGCGGUGACACCACACCAAACAAGAGCCUAAAGUCCAGUCGUUCUUCUACUCCAGCCAGCACGACCAGUUCCACACGCAGGCGAAAGGGACCUCAAAGCUACAAGGAAAUAAGCGACCGUGAAUUCAACUCGAAGCUGCGGAAGCUCGAGCAGGGGAUAGAAGACGAUCUGGACAUCGAAGGCCCAAGCGAGACCGAGCAGGAGGAGAUCGAAAGAGCAAAGACUUUCAAGCUCGCCAAGCAAGAAGUAGCCCAAAAGAAAAUGCAGAACCCGGUCAUGCAGGCACGACUAGCUUGUAAUUCGCCGCAUAACUUCUACUGGCCGUGGAAUGACGAGCCGGUCGACAAAUCAUUAAUAACUGCGUCAGGGAAGAUGCUGCUGUUGGACCGGCUUGUCACACGCCUUCUAGCCAAUGGGCAUAAGAUUCUCAUCUUUUCCCAAUUCAAAUCACAGCUGGACAUUCUCCAGGAUUGGGCCACUCAACUCCACUCCUGGAACUGCUGUCGUAUCGACGCCUUCAACACAGACUCUGACUACAAGAUCUUCCUCCUGAGUACACGAGCGGGUGGACAAGGCAUCAAUCUUAUGGCAGCCGACACUGUCAUCCUAUUCGAUUCCGAUUGGAACCCACAGCAGGACCUCCAGGCCCAGGACCGCGCCCACCGCAUCGGCCAGACACGACCAGUGAUCGUGUAUCGCCUAGCAACAAAGGGCACCGUUGAGCAGACGCUGCUCGAAAAAGCCGAUUCGAAACGUCGUCUAGAGCGACUCGUCAUCCAGAAGGGCAAGUUCAAGAGUCUUCUAGAUCCCACCUCGCAGGAUGACGUCGAGGAUCUGAGAAAGGCUCUCGGCGAAGAUGAGUUCGAGCGUUUCGAGGCCGGUACGGAUCCCAGUCGUCUGUUGUCUGAUAAUGAUCUCGAUAUCUUGACGGAUCGCAGCGAGGAGGCCUAUGCUCGUGCUGAGAAAGGUCUGGACCACAGUGGACGGGCUUUCUUGGCUGUCGAGACGAAGAAAGAUGGCCUUAUGGCGCAGAUUACUGGAAAGGGGUAA